CUGCUCUUUUCUAACUGCGUAGUCGUGCAUCUUCAUCUCCAUCUCCCUGCGUUGGUGUGAGACGAACCCUCAACAUGGCAGAUGCUGUCGUUUCUGACGAGGAGCCGAGGCAGGAGGAAUGUGGUGAAUCUAUCAAGUCUGAAACCGACGACACUUCUCAAGAAACACCGAAUGGAGUGAAAACGGACAGUGAUGAAAGUAAGCCCAGUACAGAAAAACAUGAUGGCAAGGAUAAGUCCCCUGGGAACAGAAGAGGAAACCGCUUCCAUCCCUACAAAGACAAACAUGUUGGAGAAAAGAAGAGUGCUCAGAGGAACCGAGUGUUCAUCAGUAACAUCCCCUAUGACAUGAAGUGGCAGGCAAUUAAAGAUCUAAUGCGAGAGAAAGUUGGUGAGGUUACAUACGUGGAGCUCUUUAAGGAUGCUGAAGGAAAGUCAAGGGGCUGUGGUGUGGUGGAGUUCAAAGAUGAUGAAUUUGUGAAGAAGGCAGUAUCAACUAUGAAUAAAUUUGACCUGAGCGGAAGACCACUCAACAUCAAGGAGGACCCCGAUGGGGAAAAUGCUCGCCGUGCGCUUCAGCGCAUGGGAGGAGGUCAGCAGGGUGUCCGAGGGCAGGACAUGGGGCCGGGUGGGAUGAACGUCCCACCUUCCAUUGCCAACAACCCUAACCUCCCACCAGAUGUCAUACAUGCAUUGCAAGCCGGGCGACUGGGCACCACAGUGUUUGUGGCUAAUCUGGAUUUUAAAGUGGGGUGGAAGAAAUUGAAGGAGGUGUUUGGUAUGGCAGGUGUGGUGAAACGAGCAGAUGUAAAGGAGGACAAAGAUGGCAAGAGCCGUGGGAUGGGAACUGUAACUUUUGAACAGUCACUGGAGGCUGUGCAGGCUAUUUCCAUGUUCAAUGGACAGAUGCUCUUUGAGAGACAGAUGCAUGUUAAAAUGGAUGAAAAGUCUCUUCCCCUUGAUGAUUUCCGCCAAGUAGAAAAAACCCCCCAGUUACCACGAGGGCUGGGUGGUAUUGGCAUGGGUCUGGGACCAGGAGGGCAGCCGAUAAAUGCAAACCGUUUGAGUGGAGGAGGAGGAGGAGGAGGUGGAGGAGGAGGGGGAGCAAUGGGCUCUAUGGGUGUGGAUGUUUCAGGUUUUGGUGGAAUGAACAGACUUGGAGGAGGAAUGGGUGGUGGUGGCGGCGGCUUUGGAGGCAUGGAAAGCAUGGGUGGUGUAGGUGGAUUUGGAGGCAGAGACAUGACACCAGUUGGUAGAAUGGGAGAUAUGUAUCGUUCAGGAAUGGGUGGAAUGGAUCGGGACUUUGGCCACAAUGACAUGCAAAUGAACCGAGGAUUUGGGGAUUCUUUUGGAGGAAUGGGAGGUUUUGGAGGCGCCAUGAGCAGUGGUGGCAUGGGACACAUGGGGACUGGAAUAGGUGGUGGAAUGGGCAAUAUGUCGAUGGGCUCCAACUUUGAUCGUUUAGGCAUGUCAGGGAUGGACAUGAACCGUGGCUUUGGUGGCUUUGGUGGUGGAGGCCACAUGGGUGACAGAGGAUCUGCCAAAGGAGGCUGUCAGAUAUUUGUGAGAAAUCUCUCCUAUGAUCUCACAUGGCAGAAACUGAAAGAAAAAUUCAGUCAGUGUGGCCCGGUGAUGUACGCAGAGGUCAAGAUGGAGAAUGGAAAGUCAAAGGGAUGUGGAACCGUGAGAUUUGAUUCUCCAGAGACGGCUGAGAAGGCCUGCAGGAUGAUGAAUGGAACCAAGAUCAAUGGCAGAGAGGUGGAUGUCCGCAUCGAUCGCAUCGCCUAGAGUUUGUGUACGAGUUAAAGUAUUACACUAACACAUUCAGCUCCCUUGCCAAUGAUCUCGUUUUGUUUUAAAAACACAAAUACUUCAUAUCUCCAUUUCUCCAGUUUCAUUUUUGUUUAUAUACCACAGACCUAAUUUUAUCUUUGUUUUGUAAGCCCUUUAUAAUUUGUCUGGCAGUUUAUUUGAACAAUAAACUUUUUAAUUUUUAAA